AUGGAGGUCGAGAGUCUGAAGGAGUGGUUGGACGUAACGGAGAAGAAUCACGACGCGAACCUUCGCGAGUUUCGUUCUUCCGCCGAUUCCGACAAGGCGAAGGCGAUCUCCGAUCUGGAAACGGCCAAGGCCGAUCACUUCGACAGGACCGACAUUCUCCGAACGGAGAUUGCCGAUCUUAAGGAAAAGCUGGCCGAGGCCACCCGAAAGGAGUCCUCGCUGAUCAAGGAUGUCGAGAAUUUAACCGCCUUGAAAGAUGAUAACGAGAAGGAGAGUAGGAAGAUGGAAAAAUUGCUUUCCGAUAAAGAUCGCACGGCUAUCGACUUGCGGAACGAGAUAGACACCAUGGAAGAGAAAAUUAAACGGAACGGAAGUGAGAUUGACGAUAAAAUGACGGCCUACAAAGAAGAGAUUGAAAGAAACGUGAAGAGGAUGAAAGAGUUGGACGCUACGAUCGCGAAGAAGAUUCGAGAGGCGGCCGGUCUCGAAGACGAGAUCGCCGUCCUCAAAGAAGGGAAGGAACGUGACGGACGGAAGAUAAAAGGGUUGGGGGUGCAGCUCGCUAACAAGGGACGCGAGGCGACCGCUCUCAAAGACGAGAUAGUCGCAUUGCAAACGGACCUCUCGAGAGUGCGCGAAGAAUGCGCGGACGACCGUAGUGCCGAACUUUCCGUCAUUCUCGAAAAGACAAAAGACGAACUGCGACGUACGUCCCGCGAUCUGGCGGCCGCCAAGGAAGCCGAGAUCAGGUGGAAGCAAUGGGUCGAAGAAUUGAAGAAGGCACGCGACGAAACUCACGAAUCCCACGCCAAGGAACUCGGAUCGCUUCGAGACGAUCUCGAGAGGGAGAAAUCAGACUCGGAAACGAAACUGUCAUCGGCGAAGGCGAGCCACUCGGACGAGAUCGAAAAUCUUCGAACGCAGAUAUCUUUCCUUACAGAAAAGGAAUCGAAACUGAGAAGAGACGCAGGUAAGUUUCAUGCGUCCCUAAAGGAACAGGAAGAGAAGCAUCUCGAUCGGAUAGCUAAACUGGAAUCCGAUAAGAUUUCGCGAUCGGCCGAAGCGGAAGAGGCUCUUGACGAGUGCGCGUCCCUCUCGGAGAAACUGAAGCACGCGACCGAUUCCGAAAGUCGGUCAAAGGAGGACCUUGAAAGGUGGCAAGCCGAGAAGAGGUCGUGGCAAGCGACGGCCGAACGACGUUCGGCAGAUCUCGACAAGCUUCGCGACCUGCUGAAGACGUCCGAGGCAGAACGCGCAAAUCUUGAGUCCCACCUUUCGAACGUCGACAAGAAUGUAACGGAUUCGAAAGAAACGGAUUCGUUAAAGCGGGAGCUGGAAAGACACCGACAGGAGAUCCGACAACUCGAACGACUUCUGAGCGACGAAAAGAGGGAUAAGUCGGAAUUGGUGUUUUCGAAGAACAAGGAAGAAGACGAAUUGAGAUCAGAUUUGACGAAAACGAAGAUGGAGAUGGACGAGAUCAAAAGACAACUCAACUUUGCCAAUAACAAAGUGGCGGAGGCGUAUUCCGAAGUGACUCGAAUCGUCGAGAACUCGGAAGACGGACGAUCGCACGAGGAAUGUCGAGAACUUCUCACACGACGCCUCGAUGAAGUUGAACGUUCGUUGGAAAAGGAAAAGAUGAAGGCGGCCGAUUGUACGCAAAUGAACAAAGAAUUAAUGCGACAGAUAUCCUAUCUGACAAACGAAAUAGAAACAGUAAAUUACGGACGAAGUGUCGAGGUAAGCAAAUUGCGCCGAUUACUGAACGAUUGCAGACGCGAAGGGUCUCAACGACAACGUAGGGAACCUCCCGGUCGCCGUAGCGUCGGUCCCAGCUACAACGUCGUCGAAGACGCAUGUUCCGGAAGUUCUGCGUGCGAAUCCGAAGAGGAAGUGGACGACGACGUUAGCGAAGACGUCCUCGUCGGCAACUCCGAAGAGAACGAAAACCCCCGUCCCAUCCCGUUCGUCGUGGACUACCGACCGAGCUCCACCGCCUACGGAGGGUUGAUCAGAGAGGACGAAUGUUCGUUUCAUCAGCUUCUGAACCAAGCAAGAUGGUUCGUCGUGUCCGAGGACGAAGUACCGGAGGCGGCGAAGAGGUUGUCCGACAGGUACGGUUCGACGGCCUUCGCGCCGACCGUGGUUUACGCUGAUCCGCCCACGCCGGCCACCAGAUCUCUCGCGAGGUUGAUAGCGUUCAUGGGAAAGAUUCCCGGCGUGACGCUGCUGAAACCGAGCGAGUGCACGGUUCCCAUCUGCUUCCUUUCGAGCAACGACCACGCCGGGUUCGCUGGAAGGGGAGACGCGUGCUACGUGCUUUUCGACGACGACGCCGAAAGCAUAAAGUGGACGGACACGGAUACGCUCGUCCAGUUGGCCGAGAGGAUACUGGAUCGCAAUCUCGGACACGAUCCCGGCGCGUGA